AUGGCCCUUCCUAAAACAUUCAAAAUGGGCCCGCGAGGGGAAGGGGGAUAUGCGAUAACCAGCGGGAAGUUGCAAGGAGGGUGCGGGCCGCCAUCGAGGGCAUCGUGGGGGGUGGGGGUGGGGGAACCAACCAAUGCAACAAGAGGGGUUGCGGAAGACAUCCCCACCCUGCGGAAUGACGGCGCGCCCAAUAAGAAACGGCGCGCUGGCCCAUCCAGCCGUAGCAGCUGUCAAACGCGAUCCCGGCACUGGAAUGCUUGUUCGGUUGGAAAAACGUGCCAGCCCUCUGGAAUUCUAACGCUGCGCCGCGCGCUUCUUGGGGUGCUGGGCCGGUCUGGAAAACAGGUCUGCUGGGUUGGCGCCGCGCAUGUGGGUGAUAUUAAAAAAUGCGCUUCGCUUCCAUGGGUCGUUGCAAAACGUCGCGGCCGAAGGGGCACGGCCUAUUUUUCAGAGGCACAUGAUUCUGCGACGCGCCCGUCGCACAAGAGAAGCCCCCCAAGAGGGCGAAAAAUGUUUGACAUUGCAACGGGUGGGCGUCGACACGUUGCCCCUGGGCUGUUUCAGGGGUCGGGUCAAUUUAAUGGCCCUGGGCCGUUUCAAUGGGAUAUGGGAAAUCAUGCGCCAGCCCGAAAUAUUGAGGAAAGGGAAACGGGCCCCCCUCUUUUUACAUCGGCCAAGGAAAGCUGA